ACGAAACGCAUCGAGAACCAUGACGGCGCGUCGUGUCAUUUAGAAGUGCGCCCACGUUCGCCGUACGAGAUCGAUAAACGGUAGAGUGUUACUAGAAACGAGCAUUCGCUUGCGCACCGGGAACGAACCGCUGGUGUACUCGUUGGAAAAAUAGGAAACAAUGGCCGUGAUGAAAGCAACAACGGAACGUUAACGAUAGCGGCGGUGGCGGCGACGGUGGCGGUGGCGAAGGUGCAGAGUGUCGGUACCGGUGUCCGGUGACAGUGAUAACGGUGACAAUAAUUCCCAUUCGCGUAUCUCACGGAUAUUGCGACAGCACGGGCAGACAAACCGUAACGCCGCUAAAAAGGAUACGUAUCGAUUCGAAGAAGAUGUGUUCCCCGUACGUGCGUCUCUCUCCGUCGUCCACGACGUCGAACGGAACGAUUCGACACGUUUUGCCACGAACGUACGGAUACUUGGAUCGACGGUGGUUCUCGAUACGUUCGGCGUGCUAGCCAUACGUUCGAAUCUCGCGAUUAUCCGUGCGUGGUUACCCCGCGCUCUGUUAUGGUCGUGUACGAAAUAUGGCGUGCCAGUUCCACGACACGAUCACUUAACACGAUCGCCUAAUCGAUCGUAAGUGAAUCGAUCGAGCGUGUGUCCUCGCGGUGACUUUUAUUUGUUUGUUUUUUUUAGCUGCAUUGAAAAUGAAAACGCUCGGCGCGAGCGGUCCGUCCGGCGAACGGUAACGGCACGCGAGACGCCAACGGAGUAACCAGAGACGCUCAGACAGAGACAGAGAGAGUGAGAGAGAGAGAGAGAGAGUGAGAGAGGAAAGAAGAAGCCACGAUAAUGAAGGAGCACGGAAGCAAACUUCCGCCGGAGCAGCCCGCGAAGAUUCUCAAGUCACUGUUGAAAAAGCCCGGCCAAUCGAAGGCCAGGUCGCAGAAGAACCGUGUGGUGAUCAACGAGAAGCUGAACGAGUUCUUCGCCGCUGAUUACAUAAUAUUGAUAAAGGAGGAAUGUUGCGCGGAUUACGAGGAGGACUGCGACUGUUGCUGCCAGGAACACGAGCUGAUACGGCUGGGGAACUGCAAGGAAUGCCGGGCCGAAUUGAAUUUACGUUUCGGCGUUUCCGAUAACGGUCGAUACCACGACGUGGACAGGGACGAGGAGAUAAUACACGGGAACGCGGUCAGGGAGCAGGGUUGCGGCAGCGAGCGGUUCGAUUGCGUCGAGCUGCACGUGGAGGACGAGGAGGAGGAGUACGAGGUGGAGGUGGACGCCGAUGAGGACGAGGACGAGGACGAGAACGAGGAGGAGGAGGAGCUGGACCUGGACGAGGACAAGGAGGAAGAGGAAUCGAACGAUCGGUUGUUAGAAGCUCAGACGAAGGAUGCAAGAGCCAGGAAGAGACCAGGAAGGGGGAGGAUCGACGGGGCGCCGGAUAAUGGAAAUCGAAAGCCGGAUGCACGCGAAACGAGCGUCUCUGUCCUCUUGCCACCGACGAUAUCGCCUCCGCCGCCGCCACCACCUCCACCGCCACCUCCACCACCGCCACCACCUCCCCCAAGACUACCAGGAACGCUGGACGGAACGUCGUCGCCGGUCCCGCGGCCGGAACACCAGCACGAAACUCUCAGCCCGCCAGAGGGCUACAAGGAUGUUUACUCAAACGAUUCGAAUAUCGAAGGGGAAUCGCCGUACGAGCAGGAGAAGGUAGCGGAGAACGACGAUGAGAACUCGAAGAAAUUGACGGAGCAGUUGCAACGAACUACGUCUACCGAGGCGCGUCAUCGAUAUCUCGUGGAGACGAUAACCAUGACAACGGUCACGGAGCGGCGUAUUGUUCGCGAGAUCAGUCAAGAAGAAGAACGCGUCGUUCGGCGGGAAGAUAUCGAUCCAUCGAACGAGAGGAGAGGCGACAGGAAGAAUGUCACCGAGAGGAUGGCUUCUCACGACAGUCUUUGCCUCGUCGACGACCGUCAACGAACAUUGCCCGGGAAACCAACGAACGGUAUGGAACAAGAUCAAGACGAUCGACUCUCUCAAAAUGAAACGCAGUCGGACGCGAAGGAACUCUCUCUCGUGUUCAAACUCGGUAGCUCUUCUCUAGCGACCAACAGCUUGAAACCGAAUUCCGCGGUCAGGCAAUUGUUUCCAAAUCCAAAAUUCGUUUCACCGCCUCCUAGCAAGCUGAUCUCUUCGACGAGUUCCAUCGACGAUCCGCAAGACUGUCUCCUUGCACACGCUGGUACAGAUAGCUUGCGAUUGUUCGACAACGCGAAGAGAUCGAAGCUCACAGAGAGCCAAAGCGCAGAUUCCUUCGACGAGGACUCGAAUCUGAUCAGAAGAACGAUCGAGAGAAACACGCUGCGCAGAAGUCUGUUCAAUAAAUACCGGUCGAGCUCGCGGAAGAAGAAUCCGCCGUUGAAAAACUUGUCCCUGGAGGAACGAAUACGCCAGCUGACCUGCGUGGAUCAGGAGGAGGGCGACGCGUGUCCCAAUUCGACGGACGUGAACGAAUCGGUGGCGGUUCUCGACGUCGACGCCGAAUUAGCGGCACGCGCCUCGCCGCUGGAGCAAGAAGCAGCGUUGACGUCGACGAAAUCGCUUCUUCAGAGUCAGACUACCGAUAUGAACGAGAUUCCAGCGUCGCAGACUGCUGCAGCAGGGUUCGGUCUAUCGUCUGGCGCAACGAUGGCGGCGAUACCGUCCACGGCGGCGACGUUGCUUGCAUCGAACGCGUCUACGACCGUCGCGGUUUCGAAUUAUCACAAGCAACACUCUCUAGCCAGUGGUUCGAACCCCGCUACGGAUCAUUCGCACAAUCAUUCGACUUAUAGGAAGCUGACGGACCUGUUCGUGCACAAGAAGAAUUCAAACAUGCCGGAUCUCGGUCUUGGGAACAAUGGCAAGAGCAACAACAUCGGCAAAGAGUGUCAACAGUCGCGUAACUCUGUCAUGAAGACGAAUAAUUCGGACGCGCGUAGACAGUUCUUGGCGAGUCUGGCGCCAUUGUCGUGCGUAACGGUAAACAGCACCGAUACUCAGGAAGACUAUUACAGACACGAUUCUAGGAUGAUGGCUAACGAAAAUCGCGAUUCAUCGGCUAAUUAUAACACCAUUUCGCCGUACAGUUUGGAAGACAUCGAGGCGGCUUUGCGCGAGGACGAUCAAAGUUACGUGGGUCCUCCGGAUGUUACCAAAGGUACUCCGAUGCUCACCAGCAGACCCGACAUAGGCGACAACAUGUCCGACGAGUUGCUCGCGUUCGUCGAACAGGACAAGUUUAGAACCGAGAGAAUAAAACGUCGUUACAACGAGACGGAAGAUCAUUACAUGCCCAAGUUGAAUAAUGCCAAUAGCUACGUGGCUGAGAACAGGCUCGAUAGAAUCAUCGAUGGGAAGAGCGACGGGGACGACGGACGACAGCAGUUUGGCGUCGCGCAUCGCGACGACGUGAACAGCAACCGUGUGAAUAACGAGAACAAGAAUCGUGGCCAAGUACAAUGCAACGCUGGUCAUCGAUACGAUAACAAUAGAGUGAACAAAGACGAUAGAAACGGCGGCAACGACGACAACGACGAGGACGACGACGAUGAAUUGAACGAUUAUGGGUUCAAUCGCAGACCAUCGGUAACUGGCAUCAAACAACGGCUCUCGAACAGCACUUCCGACGAAACCUUCCAUCGAAUGGUUCUAGAAACCAACGACGCCGCGGCUGUACCUGGCUCGAACUUUCAAUCGCCGUUGCCGAGCUAUCAGGAGAACAAUUGCGUCAAGAUCGACGGUCGAAUCGCAUUGUACGACGAGACGAUCGAUGACUCUGUCCCGCAUUCGAUCAUCGGUACCUUGGUCACCGACGACCGCGACGCCAACACCAUCAACAGAAUAAACACGAUGCAGAAACAGAUCGACGAUAUCUAUCAAACGAUCGUCGAGAACACCAACGUCGCUGCUCAGAGUUCGUUGGAGCACGGUGGUCCCUGCACGGAGGACGCGUACGCGCGACAGCACGCGCAGCUACCAGCCAACCACGAUGCAAGCUUCCGUUUCUAUCAGGAGCAGAGAAACGGCCAACAAUACUUCCAAGAGCAAUUGAACGGUGGAAAUACCCGAGCACAGCGCGGCGUCGCAGCCGGAGCAGAGGACAUCGACGCCGCCAGCGCCCGGCGUCGCGAUCCCGUCGUAACGACGCUCUCGAAUUAUCGGUGCAACAUAAUGCCCGCCGCGAACACUACGUUGCCCAGCAGCAACGGCAAGUGCUAUCGCACCAUGUAUUUCGUCCCAUACAACGGGCUCUCCGAUCCAACCUAUCAGAACAUCCAACGCAUUCUACCGGCCCAUCCAUCUCCAAGUUACGCCAGCCACAUCGAACGGUAUCCGUACCCUUGCUCGAACAAGAACGAUCAUCGGCCGCAAACGCAACCCCAGCCACUGCCCGCGUCGCAACAGCAGUUCAAGUAUUACCAGUUAGGGAAUCGUUCGCUGUCGCCUAUAUCGAACAUCACGCAAACCAACCUUGCUUCACCGGUUCCUUCGGGUUCGAUCGGCCACUCGGUGCCCCCCGGGCCCGGAACUUCCCCGCCUUUCGACUCGCGACUCGCUGCGAUCUCGUCUCCCAACCCCAUCGCGUUGCAACCAGCGCAACAAACCUUGCAUCUUCAUCUCCACCAUCACCAACAGCCGGACGAUUUCCGAAUUUCCGGCGUAGCCUUCUCGCCGGUCCCCCAAACCGCGAACCAUUCCUUGCAAGUCCACCACCAUCAGCAUCAGCAUCAUCGACACCAUCAUCAGCCCACCUUCUAUCGAUUACCAUCGACCAUCGCCGCCGCGACGGCACCCUCUUCCUCCUCCUACACCGUGAUCGCACCCUCGAGAUGCGCCACGUACGCAGGCACCGGGGUUGCGACCACCGAGAGUUCAUACCGAUUCUAUCAAGUGCACCUAGGUCGCACAGUGGUCACACCAUCCUCCGAGCUCCAGUCAGCUCAAACGUUCUUGUCCUCCUCCUCCUCUACGAUCGCUUCUUGCGCCACCACCUACUCACCCUCGUUGCCAACCUCGUCUUCGUACACGUCCCCCCUCUCCUCGUUGCCCACCGUCACGGUCACCCCUCAACAAACGUCUACCCUAGUGCUUCCAAAUCAUGUUCCCGAACCUACGCGUGUAGCCAACCAACCCGUUCCCACGCCUUGCACCUCCGCCACCUCGUUGUCCUCCUCGUCCUCCUCGUCCUCCUCGUCUUCCUCGACCUGCUCGUUCUCCUCCUCGUCAUCUUCCUCCUGUUCCUCGUCGUCUUCGUUGCAAAUCCCUUGCUCCCCCUCGAAGCUACAACAGCAACAAGCUCUCGGGCCCUACGCGGUGAUAGAGCGCGGCGUUCCGGAAGGAGCCGCGAGCGCGUCCUCUCACGAUCUUCCACAACCAGGAGUUUUGCUCACGUCUAACACUUACGUGGCGCGCAAUCCCACAGGCGUGUCUCUGCCAACCCAUGCACCGAAUUCGGUUUACUAUGCGAUGAACGUUUAAACACAGUCUUUACUUCGGUAAAGUUUCAUAUACCAAAGGGUUUCCCGGAUACGCGAACGAAUGGUCUACGCCUGCGGCAUAUAUGUUUGUAUAUCGAUGCAUGGUCAUUCAUUCCACUCGGGUAAACAGAGUCUACGGUAAACUUACUACGCUAAGUAUCCGCCUACGGUUAGAGACCCUUACCCCCCUUCUACGUGCCGUAUUGUGUUUGAUGGGCCGCGACGCAUACGUAAUGCGUGUCAAAUGGCGUUCCUUUAUGGCGAUAGCGAUGCGACGAUCGGUUUUCUGCAUCACGGUAGCCCUCGCGUCACGAUUAAAUUAACUUUCCAACGGCAGCAAAAGAAAAUAAGUCUCAGGACCCGGCGCGUUAUGCCGCAAAGCAACUUUGUUUCGUCGUGUGUCACACUGGCAACGUGCAUACGUUGUCAUCGAUUCUAGUCACGGUAAAAUACGUACGCUAAUUAACCACAAGUAUAAACCAAAGUACGUUUCAAGACGUUUAUGUAUGCGUGUAAGUGUAUAGCUGACGAUUCAAAUUUAAUUCGAUAUUUGCGGUGGAAUUGAUACAGUAAUUAGGAAUGUCAUGGCGAGAAAAGAACAGGUACAAUGUGUAUCGUGAACCAAAGUUAUUUUAUUUCGAUUAGCGCCACGGUUUCGUACAAAACAAAUUACCUUAAAUUGUUUCGUUAGAGUGUCUGUAAGAAUGCGAUACAAUCAGUACCGUACGCUCCAGGAUUCGUAUUUGCUUCAACUUUCGUCGUUUACGUUUGUGCAAUAUUCUGCCGUCGUCUCUUCCGUUUCCUCUAAGCACUCCCCCCCCCCCUCCCCCACUUAUUU